GGAGAAUAACUGGGGGUGCCUUGCCACUUAUACGAUACUUUUGAGUGCACAAAAUCUAACCCCGUGCCUAGUGUCAAGGCUGUUACAACUCUUUACGCUCGUGCACAAAUACUCAAUAGAUUCCUUGGGAAAACAAAUCAUGAACUACUUGAAAAAGUCCAAGAGCACUCACGAUGUGGCUAUUCUUCUGGCGAUAUCUCAAAUAGUGGAUUCGACCGCACUCUACGACAAGACGAAAAAAAUACUCAUAAAUCACGUAGAUGAGAUCACAUUAGAAGAUGCCAAGAAAAUAGGAGUGGAAGCUACCUAUGAAAUAAUGAAGGUUAGGAAUAAAAAACUGACCAAACGAAAUAAAGAACUUAUUGAGGAGGAAACCUACGUAUGCGAGAAUUGCCGCCCGUAUGAUCGACCGGGAGACUACUGCGAGGAAUGCGGAGAUUAUAACAGCUGGUAA